AUGGAGCGCAGCGCUUGGAAACUGCUGCAGCUCAGCCUUGCUUUGCCAUGGGCCCGGGCCCUGGACAAUGGCCUGGCGCUGACGCCGCCCAUGGGAUGGAUGACAUGGCAACGCUACCGCUGCGAGACCAACUGCAGCGGAGAAGGCGCCCAGCGGUGUAUCAACGAGGACCUGAUCAAAGAGAUGGCCGACCGCAUGGCGGAGGAUGGCUGGUUGGAUGCUGGCUAUCAAUACAUCAACAUCGAUGACUGCUGGAUGUUGCCUGAACGAGCCGAAGGCCGCCUGGUCCCCGACCCCAAGCGAUUUCCUUCCGGCAUGGCUGCUCUGGGUGAGUACAUCCAUCAGCGUGGGUUGAAGUUUGGCACCUACGGAGAUAUUGGGUACAAGACCUGCCAGGGCCUGACAGGGUUCCAUGAUCAUUUCGAAGAAGAUGCGCAAACCUUGGCGGAUUGGAAGGUGGACUACAUCAAGGUGGAUGGCUGCAAUGAGAAUCAGGAGGACAUGGCGCGAGACUAUCCUGCGUUUGGUGCUGCCCUGAACAAGACCGGGCGGCCCAUUGUGUAUAGCUGUAGCUGGCCAGCCUACAUGCCCCAUCAUUGUGAGAAGACCGAUGGUUGCAUGAACUCCCUCAUCCAGCACUGCAACUUGUGGCGGAAUUUUGAUGACGUUGCGGACAGUUGGGACUCGGUAAAGAGCAUCACCAACUUCUGGAAGAGGUUGAAUUCCAGUGAUGAAAUGGUGCAAUCUGCAGGGCCAGGGCAUUGGAAUGAUCCAGACAUGCUCUUGGUGGGUGGCUUCGGGUUGUCCGUCUCCGAAGCGCAGAGCCAGUUCGCCCUGUGGUCGCUCUUCGCGGCGCCGCUGUUUAUGUCCAACGACCUGCGCGACAUCUCGCAGGAAGCCAGGGACAUACUGCAGAACAGGGAGGUCAUCGCGGUGAACCAGGACCCAUUGGGCAAGCAGGGUUUUUGCGUGGCUGGCUGCGAUGGAAACUUGCGAGUUUGGGCCAGGCCUUUGGCAGGCGGUGACGUCGCUGUGAUCUUUCAGAAUCUUGGAUUCGCCGGAGACGGUGACAGCAUCACUUUACCGACCUCCACUUUGCCAUUCAAAACCUUCCGGAUCUUCAAAGCGCGCGAUCUCUUUGCCAAGAAGGAUCUUGGCAUCUUCCGCGAAGAGCUCACCCUCUAUGUCCAUGUGAGCUCCUGUAGGAUGAUCCGCAUCUCCGCCGCGACUGAACAGCAGAUCAUGGUGUGA